AUGCUCCAGACCCGGCUCCGGUCUCUCGCCGGCCGCGUCCGCCAGGCCAGUAGCUUGUCUUGCAGCCUCACAAGAAGUCUCACGACGUCGGCCACAGCCGGGACCGCGACCGGACCCGGGCAGCAGGAUGUGGCGGGAAGUUCUUUCUCUAUACCGGCCGCCCCGGUUGUAGAGAGGACGGCAGCCAUUCUUCGAACUUACAAACCGCGGACACCGGGUGUCCGACAUCUGAAGCGGCCCAUCAACGACCACCUGUGGAAAGGUCGACCUUUUCUACCAUUGACGUUUCCCAAGAAGGGACACGGGAAGGGCGGCCGUAACAACCAGGGCAGGAUAACGGUACGGCACAGGGGCGGCGGCGUGAAGAGGCGUAUCCGCAUGGUCGACUUUGAGCGGUGGGCGCCGGGUGCUCACCUUGUCGAGCGCAUUGAGCACGACCCGGGACGAAGCGCGCACAUUGCUUUACUCACUAACCAAGCUACGGGUCAAAAAUCUUACAUUGUCGCGGCAGAGGGAAUGCGCGCGGGGGAUAUUGUGCAGAGCUACCGUGAAGGUAUCCCACAAGAUCUUCUGGACGUCAUGGGCGGUGCUGUGGAUCCGGGAAUCCUUGCUGCGCGGACAGCGCAUAGGGGCAACUGUCUCCCCUUGCACAUGAUUCCCAUUGGUACCGUCGUGUACAAUGUCGGAUCGCAGGCAGACAAAGGCGCCGUCUUCUGCCGCAGCGCCGGUACUUACGCAGUCAUCAUAAGCAAAGAAGAGAUGUCAACAGGUGACAACACCCAAGAAGGUAGCAGUCGUUUUGUGCAGGUGCGGCUACAGAGCGGAGAGGUACGCCGAGUGAGCAGGCACGCGUGUGCAACCAUCGGCGUUGCCAGCAAUCCGCACCAUCAAGACCGCCAGUUGGGCAAGGCCGGCCGCAGCCGCUGGUUAAACAUUCGGCCGACGGUGAGGGGCGUGGCGAUGAACAGAGGCCAAAGGGGGGUACAAGACGAGGCGGACGCAUAA